UUUACAGAAGAUAGUAUGAAAUUUGUAAAAUAUCUCUUCCUCCUGCUGGUUCUCCUUCUUGUUUCUUCUUUGCUCCUGGAGAGCGCAGGAGUGGGAAGCAAAGAAGAGAGAAGGGAGAGACGAAGAAGGCGACGAAAAAACAAAAACAAGAAGAAAAACAGAACAACAACAGUCGGACUCGUAACAACGGAUUCUGAAAUUAAAGCGAUUGAAAACAUAACAAUGCCCACUAUUAUUCAACAAAGCUCAGCAGAAAAAAAAUCUUCUUCGAAAACGAUUUUGGAAAUUUCGACCACGUACCCUGUUGCUAUGGUAACCGUGGCGGAUCUUUCGCCACAAACCAAUGGUGACGGGAUGUCAAGUAUAAUUGACAUGCUUUUCGGGUAUGAUUACGACUCCUCUUAUUCUGAAUACGAUGACGAAACAACAGCUAACGAAACGUCACAGACGACCAUUGUGACAGAAGAAACCUCUGCUGUCAUGACCAACGUUGGAAUCGAUCCCAGAACAAUUAGUUCGACACACUCACUUCAAAUCGAAGAAGAAAUCACCGAAGAAAAGAUGACUUUAUCCCACAAGCGUAUGUCAUCAAAGCCUGCUGACGUCAUCACUUCUGACGUCAUGCUAGGUUGCGAUGACGAUAAAUACAGCUUGCUUGUUAAACUGAAGAUGCAGCUUCACGUUGCUAACGGAGAGAUUUCGUUCUUGGAUGCUGCUGUUAUUAAGGUCGGGGAAUACACGGAAGAACAGAAGUUGGAAAAAGUAAAAGCCCUCCUUGCGGAAAACGGACUUGCGCCGCUUCCGGAUUGCAUUCCGCCAACGAAAGAAGUUCAUGUUGGCAAAGAACCGAUUUCCAAAGAGGACGUCAAUUUAUCGACGUCUACGAAAAAGAAUGACGUCAUGAUGACGCAAUCAAAGGUGGUGACGUCGUCGACGAAAACAACGACAGUUGACGCGAUGCCACAAUUGGUCAAAGAUAUGACGUUAAGAAAUGAGAAUAUGACGUCAUCAUCUGAAGAUGCAGCUACGUCAGAAUCGGAAAAUGAAGAAAUAAAUAAAAACAAUGUCACCAACGCGAUGGGUGACGUCACUAUGACGUCACUUUCGAAGCCGCAGUGUCAGUCGCGGAUGAACGCAAGUAACUUGGAGGAAGUUCUCACUACUUCUCGGAGGAUGGAAGAAGCGGGGAUGUUGCCUCCCGGAGUGUCUCAAAGGACAGCAGCUGGCGAGAUGACGGUCAUGGAGCUGCUCAAGAUGAUGAGGGAUGCUGCGAUCAAGGCUGGGAGGAUCCCGGAAGAAUGCAUGGAGGAUCAGCAAUCGGGAAGGAUGCCGGAGCCGGAGGGGUCAUACGGUCAAAAGAAGAAACGAGAGCAACUGAAGAUGUUGCAAGGUUACAUUCAAGCUGGUUACCUACCUCCGGACACGAUCGAAAAGCUCCUCCGAGGAGACAUUACUCCGGAGUGGCUCCGAGCCAACAUCACCAACAACAGGGAGAUCAUCUUAUCCCGGAUGCCAGAAGUCCUCCGGACUCUAAUUGAAGACGGGAAGAUGCCAGAAGAUAUUGAGACCGCAAUCUUUAGUGGAAAAUAUAACUCCACAGAGAUAGCUAUGAUGAUAAUAGCAGACGAUGAUCUCAUAAAGGCGAUGCUGCCCACCGAUUUCCGAAAUAUGAUCCAGGAUCGACCGAUCCCGAUGAAGAUGAAACUGCUUCUCAUCAGCGGGAAGAAUUCCUCCGAGAUCAAAGAAGAAAUCCUCUCAGAUGACGAUCUUCUUAAAGAAGUGAUGGUCCCGUCAUCUUACUUCUUCUUCAACCUCUUCAAAGUUCAAAGGAACAGAACAAUCAAUGUCGUCAUCAGCGUACUCGUUGUCGUGGUUCUUGCUUUCGUCAUGGUCUCUUUAGGAUGCACGAUGACUGUAUCAAAGAUUAUGGAACACGCGAGAAAACCAAAAGGUGUAAUAAUAGCACUUGUUGCACAAUUCUGUAUCAUGCCCGCUUCUGCUUACGGGCUCACACAAGCCUUUCAACUGGAUACAUACGCAGCUAUUGCUGUGUUAAUAUGCGGAUGCUGUCCUGGUGGGAACUUGUCAAACAUGUUGGCGUAUUCACUUAACGGUGAUAUGGACUUAAGUAUUCUCAUGACGACGUGUUCCUCUGUUAUCGGGUUGGGCAUGAUGCCGUUAUCAAUCUACUUAUACUCAAAGCUUAUAACGCCGCUAAGCGCUGACAUCGUUCCCUUCGACAAAAUUAUCAUCAAUAUUUUGCUGACGAUCUUUCCAGUAAUUGUCGGUAUCAUUAUCAGACAUUACAGACCGCAAUGGACGACAAUUAUUAUGAGGAUCGGUGGGCUAGUUCUUCUGUUGUGUUCGAUCACCGUCGCUGUGUUGGCUGGCAUCAUGCUUGGUGAUGCCUUCUUUGUGUAUUUUCCUGUGCCUGUCCUUGCCUGCUGCGCCAUAUUACCCAUGUCCGGUUACAUUCUGGGAUAUUUCUUCGCUUUCCUGUUCAGAGAAAAUCCAAAAUGCAGACGAACGAUCUGCGUUGAGACUGGCUGUCAAAACGUCCAGUUGUGCGGAACUGUUCUAAAACUUGCAUUUGAUCCAAUUAUAGUCGGGGUUCUUUUCCUUUUACCGCUGGUUUAUAUGGCUUUCCAGGUUAUGGAGGCAUUUCUCAUUAUCAUGAUAUUCCGUGUCUACAACCGAUGCCGAGGAGGAAAAGAGAAAGGAGAGGAGAAGAGUGGGAGCGAAGAGAAAGAAGAGAAAAGGAAACAACCGGAUAUGGAACUAGAAAACGGGACAAAAAUCGAAGCUAAAGACGCCUCUCCAUUACUGAACAAAAGUACAACGAGUAAUAUAGAUGAUAUGCCGCCUCCGCCCGACCAGUUCAAACCAGUUAAAACCGACCAAGACCAGGACAGCGACAUCGAAACUUUGUGGCCGUUAAAGGGCGAGCCAACGCCGGCUUACUUGGAUUCGUUCAAAAAAGCCGGAACCGAAAACUUUGUUUAAAUGCCCAAAAAUUACACAGUUUUAAAUCAGUGUUCAUAUAUUGCGUCAUCUUAGCCAAAAUAAGUCGUGUUUCGUAUAUUUGACAAUUCCUUGGCAUAUAUUGUACUCUGGGGUAAGAUGGGACGCCGUUAGCACAUACUAUCCAACGUUUUCCAGUCGUGUUUUUAACAAUAACCAACGCUCUUUUGGUGUCGUGAGGAUACAACUAUAUAAUUCUUUAAACAUGUUGUGUUUAUUAUCAAAUAGCACGAUAAGGCGACAAAAAGACAUAAACCAUCUUACCUCAACGUACUAGGAACAGCACUAUACUUCGUGUGUAAUUUUGGACUGGUACCUUGUUUGACAUUUAUCCAACGGAGCGGUGCUCUGUUUGGCAUUUAUCCACCAAUAGACACUAUGUACGCUGUUUAUCUGCUGCUUAUUGAUUGUUAUAUAUUCCCCACAAUACUAUACCACAUGUGUGGCAAGCCCGGAAAAUCGGGCACUGCUAAAUGUAAAAAAGCGAUACUCUUUUCAGUAAAGUUCCCCUGACCUAUUAUUAACAUUCGUUAUCGUAAUUCCACGUAAUUCCCUCGUGUUCAAACAAAUGAUAUUGCUAUAUAUGAACAGCGUUUUAAUC